UAUUGAGCACGAAUACCCAUAGUGGCCCAAGAGCUUUGAACUAACGCGGUCAUAUCAGAAUACGUACCAACAUCGGUAUGGUGGAUACCAAACAACACCGAUCGCACCAGAAGAACCCAGCAGCAAUUAGCAACGGUAAAUUUGUGUUAAAGUGAUUCUUCGCGCAUAUACAUGAAUGAACUAAAGUGCCUGAGGCCCAGUUAGUAUAGCAAUGCAUAGUUAAUAUUUCGUGCGUAUUUGACAGUGACUGUUUGUGGCAGAGGUACCUAGCCAAGGACCCCAUAAUGUCUAGGACCAGAACCUGUAGCAUUCUAUUCUUGUUUUUGCUAUUUCUUAUUCGGGGUACCACCGGCCAGGAUGAGUCCCUAGCUGGCAGUUUCUUGUCAGGCCUUUUGGAUACAAUAACAACAACUGCGGAUUCUAAAGACUGUCCCGGUGUUUGUGUUCACGCACUUGCAACAAUUAUCUGCUAUGAUGUAUUAGACGACGUGGCAUGCCCAUCCUCUUCUAUGAAAUGUUGUGUAGAUCCUCCAGCACCCAAUGAUACAGUUGCUUAUGCAAAUAGUACUGCGACGUACGAGAUCACAACACUCGUUAGUACAAUUCCUGCUAUUGUUACUACAACAACUAAAACACCAGCACCCGCAACUGUUCCCAGUAGCACAACUACUACUCAGACAACGCCAGGCAAACAAGCCAAUUUUACAACGGAAAAAGAUGAUGGUGCGAAAGCAUGUGCUGAAAAGCGAGGAGUUUGUGUAGCUGAAAGAGUGGCCGAUUACUGCGAAGCCAUCCUAAACACCUCCAGUUUAUGUAAACCAGGUUUAAAGUGUUGUGUAUCCAGUGACGCGUAUGGAGAUAAGCCUCCUUCCGAUUUGAUUUUUCCAAACAAAACCAAAACGAAUAUAACCAAAGUAGAGACUAGAACGACACCAAAGAGUACCACGCUAAGUACGACCGCAGUUACGACUCCUCAAAUGGUGAAAGUAAACGUGCCAUCUUCCACCAAUCGACCCCAAAUUAUCAAGCAAUGCAAUGGGGAAUGUGUCACUGGACUUUUUGCCUUGUUUUGUGAUGAUGUUGAUUCCGAGGCCACUUGCCCGAAUGAUGGAAGCUGUUGCAUCACGUCGCCGGCUAAUGACGAUCCAGUUACGACUAGGCCGCAGCCGGUAAGAACAACGAUCCCUCCACGGCCAACAACUAGAGAUCCGGGACCGAUUUGUCCAGGUUUUUGCCUCUUAAAUAUAAUGGCAGCAUUUUGCGAAAGACCGUCAGUAUUGAUUCCGCACACAUCAAACUGCAAAAGAGGAUCAGUGUGUUGCGAUAAUACCAGAAGCAGUUCGUACACGUCAAAACCGAAGCCGAAGCCCCAUUAUCCUCUGACUACCACAACUACUAUGGACCCUAGAUCUGACUGUCCUGGAUCAUGUAUAGUGUCCUACUUAAGUUUUACUUGUUUCAGAAAUGCUGAGAUGACAGAGCUAUUCAAAUGCCGAAAAACGGGCACGAAAUGUUGCGCAUCAAAGUCCCUAAUCAAAGAAGCUUUGGGGCAAAAAGAUGAAAACAGUGUACAAGACUCUACGACAACUAGUCCAAGACCGAUUGCUUUUACAGUUCAACCAAUAACAGCAGCAAGCACGACCGACAUAUCCAAAUCAGUAACAACUCAAAGGAAUCAAGUAUACAGCAAGUAUGUUUGCGGUGUAAAAGGAACAUCCAGAAUGGGAAAAGUGGUGGGCGGAGAAGACGGAGAGCAAGGCGAAUGGUGUUGGCAAGUGGCUCUAAUCAAUAGUCUCAAUCAAUAUCUAUGUGGUGCAGCGUUAAUCGGCACCCAAUGGGUUUUAACAGCUGCACAUUGUGUAACAAACAUAGUGCGUUCAGGAGAUGCAAUUUAUGUGAGAGUCGGCGACCACGACCUUACCAAAAAAUACGGCAGUCCUGGCGCUCAAACCUUGAGGGUGGCUACCACUUAUAUUCAUCACAAUCACAACAGUCAAACGUUGGACAACGAUAUAGCUUUACUGAAGCUCCAUGGUCAAGUUGAACUUAAGGACGGAGUUUGCCUGGUUUGUUUGCCAGCACGCGGAGUUAAUCAUGCAGCCGGGAAAAGAUGUACGGUAACUGGAUAUGGUUACAUGGGCGAAGCUGGACCAAUACCCUUACGAGUUAGAGAAGCUGAGUUGCCCAUCGUUAGUGACGCAGAAUGUAUAAGGAAAGUAAACGCAGUAACUGAGAAAAUUUUCAUUCUGCCAGCCAGCAGCUUUUGCGCUGGUGGCGAAGAAGGCAACGAUGCCUGCCAGGGUGAUGGUGGCGGUCCUUUGGUAUGCCAAGAUGAUGGAUUUUACGAAUUAGCAGGUUUGGUCUCAUGGGGAUUUGGAUGUGGUAGAGUAGACGUUCCUGGGGUUUACGUCAAAGUAUCUUCCUUCAUUGGUUGGAUCAACCAAAUUAUCAGUGUAAACAAUUUAUAACAUCGCACUUGUUAUUUAAAGUUUAGAAACAAAUGAAUUUCUGCGUCGAUAAAUAAUAGCAAUAUCAAAUAAAAACAUAUUUGCGCUAGCGCAAAAUACGCCUUGCUUCAAAAAACAUUGGCCAUAUAGUAUCUACUCGAUAUAAGCAGUAGAUGACCAGAUUUUCUUAAUCGAUCACAUUUGUUAAAAUUGUAAAUAUUCUUGUAAUCAAUUUUAUACCUUUUGUUUAUCAAUUAAAAUAGCUAUUUAAUAGUAAAUAUGUAAUUUGAUAUGUCGUUACCAGAUAAAGGAAAGCGAUUCGUGCUAUAGAAUUUAAGAGAAGCAAUUAAAAAGCUGUUUUCUUCAGCAAGUACAAAAUAUCAGGCCGAUUCCAGCCAUCUUAGCUCAUAUUAAUUGCAAACACUCUACACGAUUUUUUAAUUUCGACUUAAGUAUAGUAUGAACUUUCAAUUGCAAUAAGUCAAUAACUGCCCUUUCCGAUCAGAAGCGAUGAUCAUAAAGAAGCACUUUUCUUUAGUAUUCAUUUAAUUUACUUUUCCGUACCGACUUAAAGUUUAACUUACAAUUUGUAAUUUAUAACAACAUACUAAUAGUGAAAGCGGCUGUUUCAAGGUUGGAAGUUGAAAGCAAUAUUUGCGGCAUCUCAAACUUCUGAUAGAGCACAGGACAUUGAAUUUUUAACACUCAUUGUUAUCAAUACGAUACUUUUAUUUUUGGCUAUUCUUAUUUAUUUAUAUUAUUCUUUUACUCGACUUCGUCUGGGGUGUCAAACGCCAUCAUCGUUCGAAAAACGACACUUUUCGCCCUAGUGUCGAAAACUACUAUUUUGGUUACUUAAUAGUAACAUUAAUAAUUAAUUAAAUUAGUUGAUUAGAGAAGAAAUAAAACAGUGUGGUUAUUAUAA